AUGGCUGGAAAAAAGAGGAUCACUAAAGAGCUCCGGGAUCUGAUGAGUGGCAACGAUCUGAAUCGCAAUCACUUCUGCAUAGAAAUGGUGAACGACUCGACUGAACACAUAAUCGCCAAAAUUCUGGGGCCACCCGACACUCCCUACCAAAACGGCGUCUUCAGCAUCGAUAUCACAAUACCCGACAAAUACCCGUUUGAACCGCCGGUUUGUAAGUUCAUCACAAAGGUGUGGCACCCGAACAUCUCGUCGGCUACCGGCGCCAUAUGUCUGGACAUACUGAAGGGCCGGUGGGCGGUCUCCAUGACGCUCGAGAGUCUCAUCCGGUCGUUGCAGUCAUUUCUUGAGAGCCCGGUGCCCAACGACCCACAGGACGCCGUUGUAGGCAAUCAAUACAGAGCUAGUCGUCAAUUGUAUGACAAGACGGCGAAGUACUGGACCUAUUGGUACGCCAUGAGUGACGACAAUCGCAAGAAUGUCGACAGAAAUGAGUUCAAAGACUUUGAGGAAAAGAUCGAUAAGUUCGUGAAGAAGACAAAAGCCCCUACAGAGACAGCACUGACAUCCCUGUCCUGUAGCCAUUGGAACCUGAAUGACGCCCUCAGGAGUUAUAAUAUCCGUUAA